GUGCUAAGCAAAACAGCGCACGUAUCCACCGGCACGAUGGCUGCUUGCACCUGAUGGCCCCAUGCUUCGACGCUUUGGCACCGCAGCGAGAAGAGGAGGCUUAACCGCCUCAAGCUUGUCCGGGCCCGUGCCCGGGCGAUGGCGGCUUGCAUUCAAGGCUUCAAGUGGCAGCACUACUUCAGACAGCCUUUCCGAAGGCACUACCCGCGCAGCCAAUGCAGGAGAAAAGCCUUCGACCUGUUCAAGGAUGCAUAUCAGCACAGCAGUUACGGCGAAGGCGGCUGUCGCAUCGACGACCGAGCUUGGAGAUGGUUUCGGAAAAGGGCUUCGUGACCCAGUAUGUUUUGAGUUGACCAUCGACUCCUGCUGCCGAGCUUCGAAGUGGCAUCAUGCAACGAAUCUUUUUCGAGACAUGUGUCGGUUUCAGCUGAAGCCGGAUAUCAUGUGUGUGACUGCAAUCAUCGAAAGCAUGGUUUCAACUGGAAAUCUUGCUGGAGCUUUGGCUUUCUACCGGGAGGCUGGACAGUUGGAGGGUGAGAGCAGUACGGUUGGGACCCGGCUUUUCCCAGGCAGAACAGCGAACGGUUGGGACCUGCACGGUUUAAGCGGAGAGCUUGCACGUAUGGCGGUGCGGAUGGUCUUACUGGACACAACGAUUGCGUCUGAAUUCUCCAGUUCGAACUCCAGCUUGCAGAGUGAUGGAAGCUUGCACUUCAUUGUGGGACUUGGACAACAUUCCAAAACUGGAGAGAGCACUUUGGGUCCAUCAGUUCUGCAGAUGUUGGAGCAGGAACUGGGCUUGCAGGCUCACCUUCGAGUGCAAAACGAAGGCCUCUUGCGGCUUCCCAAGCACGAGGUAAGGAAUUUUGCAACUGAGCAGACCUGGGCCGCAAAAAAUCUACGAUUGAAAGAAACACCGAAGUCACUUCAUGCUUGUCAUGCUCUUUGGUUCUGGCACUCAACAAGAUCAACAUAGUGUGUUACCAUUGGCUCAAGC